ACAGGAAAAGGAAACAAAAUCAAUGCAAUGUGAGGAGCGAGCGCUGACUUUGAUUUAAAGCUGGUCAGGGUAUUCCUCAACUGACUGUCAGUUCCAUCCCUCUUUAAUCUUUGUUGAUGCGGAGGGUAAACUGGGUUUUGAAGCAGUUGUAGAGAAUGCCAAAGCAGUGAAUGGAAGAGAGAUGUACAGAAGGAAAUCAAGUUAAGGGGAAGGAAAACCUGGUUAUAUCCUCUGAUAUUUACCCUUUUCUCCUGCACAGAGAAUGGAAGACCAAAGAGAAAGGCAGCAGAAGAUUUGAACGAGGGAAGUGUACGUGAGUGUUGAGAGAGGGAGAGUGUAUGAGCAUUGGAGAGAGAGAGAGAGAGAGAGUGAAAGAGAGCUGCGCUGCAGUAGCAUCCCACAGCAGACGGUGAGGACUGCUGGUGUGUGUGUGACUGCACUGCUGAAGAGGAGGCGGAGGCAGAGGGUGAGCACGCUCGCAGACUCUGCAGGGCCAUACAGGAACGCACAGCAGCAGCAGCAGCGAGCAGCAGCAAGCAGCGGUAGUGUUGGCCGGCACCAGGUAUACUACAGGAGGAUCUGGACACGCCAACACCGCCUAGACCCCCAGAACCACCGCCAUGGCACAAGCGGCCAAACAUCUCCGAAAGAACAAGGAUUUAGAAGCCCAGUUAGAGCAGGAGCGCAAAGAGAAGGAGGAGGAGAGAUCCAAAAAGAGGAGUCGCUCGCGGGAUAAAAAGCGCAAGGCCCACGCCGUGCAUCGCUGGCUAAUCGAUCAGGACAGUAGUGUGAGCUCUGAGAUGCCGGAUGGCCAAGGAGUAUGGCACUUUGAUGAUGAAGCAGAUGCUGGCAACAGUUUUCUCCGAGCGGCCCGGUCUGGCAACCUGGACAAGGCCCUGGACCAUAUCAAAAAUGGCAUCGAUAUCAAUACAGCCAAUCAGAACGGGCUGAACGGGCUGCACCUGGCCUCCAAAGAAGGCCACGUUAAAAUGGUGCUGGAGCUACUCCACAACGGCAUCGUACUGGAGACCACCACGAAGAAAGGGAACACGGCCCUGCACAUUGCAGCCCUGGCGGGGCAGGAGCAGGUGGUCACAGAGCUGGUUAACUACGGGGCCAAUGUAAACGCUCAGUCUCAGAAGGGUUUCACUCCACUCUACAUGGCUGCACAAGAAAACCAUCUAGAGGUUGUGAAGUUUCUUCUGGAGAACGGAGCCAAUCAAAGCAUUCCAACUGAGGACGGAUUCACUCCUCUCGCGGUGGCUCUUCAGCAGGGACACGAGAACGUCGUAGCCCUGCUCAUCAACUACGGCACCAAAGGGAAGGUCCGCCUCCCCGCGCUGCACAUCGCUGCACGCAACGACGACACACGCACAGCCGCGGUGCUUCUGCAGAAUGACCCCAAUCCUGACGUACUCAGCAAGACUGGAUUCACACCCCUCCAUAUUGCUGCACACUAUGAAAACUUGAACGUAGCUCAGCUGCUGCUCAAUAGAGGAGCCAAUGUCAACUUCACCCCAAAGAACGGUAUCACUCCUCUGCACAUUGCGGCCAGACGGGGUAAUGUGAUCAUGGUCCGACUUCUGCUGGACAGAGGGGCUCAGAUAGACGCCAAGACCAAGGACGAGCUGACUCCUCUGCACUGUGCAGCCAGAAACGGCCAUGUCAGGAUUAUAGAGAUCCUGCUGGACCACGGAGCCCCCAUCCAGGCCAAAACCAAGAAUGGCCUGUCUCCAAUCCACAUGUCAGCACAGGGCGACCACAUGGACUGCGUCAAGCAGCUUCUGCAGUACAACGCCGAGAUUGAUGAUAUCACAAUGGACCAUCUUACCCCUCUGCAUGUGGCAGCGCACUGCGGCCACCACCGCAUGGCCAAAGUUCUGCUGGACAAAGGGGGCAAACCCAACUCUCGGGCACUGAAUGGUUUUACUCCUCUGCACAUCGCUUGUAAAAAGAACCACAUGCGUGUGAUGGAUCUGCUGCUUAAACACUCUGCAUCUAUAGAGGCUGUGACUGAGUCGGGCCUGACUCCCUUACAUGUGGCAUCAUUCAUGGGGCAUCUCAACAUUGUGAAGAUCCUGCUGCAGAAAGGAGCUUCUCCCAGCGCCUCCAAUGUGAAAGUGGAGACUCCUCUUCAUAUGGCGUCUCGGGCAGGACACCUUGAAGUUGCAGAGUUCUUACUGCAGAACGCGUCACCUGUAGACGCGAAGGCAAAGGAUGAUCAAACCCCUCUGCAUUGUGCUGCUCGUAUGGGCCACAAGGAGCUGGUGAAGCUGCUGCUGGAGCAGAAAGCCAACCCUAACUCCACCACCACAGCAGGCCACUCGCCCCUACACAUCGCCGCCCGGGAAGGUCAUGUUCAAACUGUACGCAUCCUCCUGGACAUGGAGGCCCAGCAGACCAAGAUGACCAAGAAAGGCUUUACUCCGCUCCACGUGGCCUCAAAGUACGGCAAAGUGGACGUAGCAGAGCUGUUGUUGGAGAGAGGAGCUAACCCUAAUGCUUCUGGGAAGAAUGGUUUGACUCCGCUGCAUGUUGCCGUGCAUCACAACAACCUGGACGUUGUUAACUUGCUUGUUAGCAAAGGAGGGUCCCCACAUAGUGCAGCCAGGAAUGGCUACACUGCCCUCCACAUAGCAUCCAAGCAGAACCAGGUGGAGGUGGCUAACAGCCUGCUGCAGUAUGGAGCUUCAGCCAAUGCUGAGUCACUGCAGGGGGUCACCCCUCUCCACCUGGCCUCACAGGAAGGAAGGCCAGACAUGGUCUCCCUCCUCAUCGCCAAACAGGCCAACGUCAACCUUGGAAACAAGAGCGGAUUAACCCCACUGCAUCUGGUCGCUCAGGAGGGUCAUGUUGGCAUUGCAGAUAUCUUGGUGAAGCAAGGGGCUUCAGUAUACGCAGCCACGAGGAUGGGUUACACCCCCCUCCAUGUAGCGUGUCACUAUGGCAACAUUAAGAUGGUGAAGUUCCUCCUGCAGCAACAGGCCAACGUCAACAGCAAAACAAGGCUCGGCUACACUCCUCUGCACCAGGCGGCCCAGCAGGGACACACUGACAUCGUGACACUGCUGCUGAAGCACGGCGCUCAGCCCAACGAGACGACAACUAAUGGUACUUCAGCCCUGGCCAUCGCUAAGAGGUUGGGCUACAUCUCUGUGAUCGACGUCCUAAAGCUCGUCACUGAGGAGACGGUGUCCAUGACGACCACAGAGAAACAUCGCAUGAGUUUUCCAGAAACAGUGGAUGAGAUCUUGGACGUGUCUGAGGAUGAAGGGAUUGCACAGCUAACAUUAGGAGAGGAGCUCUUGGGGACCGAAGGGGCCAGGUACAUGAAGAUGGAUGACAUGAAAGACCAUGAUGACGAUUUCCUCUCCCCCAAGAAAUCACUGGAGUACGAGAGAGGGCUGGGCACAGCGAAUUACUCUCCAGCCAUUCCAAGGAUCCCCCGAGUUUCUCCUGAGACCGUCAUCCUGAAGGAACACGAGAUGGAUCAGCAACACACUCCUCUUCCACUGCCCAAAGAGUAUGACGAUGACUCGCUGAUUCCCAGCAGCCCAGCGACUGAGACCUCAGACAACGUCAGCCCAGUCGCCAGUCCCAUCCACACGGGGUUCCUGGUCAGUUUCAUGGUAGAUGCUCGUGGCGGCUCAAUGCGAGGCAGCAGGCAUAACGGUCUGCGUGUCAUCAUACCUCCACGGACCUGUGCGGCGCCCACCCGCAUCACCUGCCGCCUGGUGAAGCCGCAGAAGCUGACCAGCCCCCCUCCGCUAGUGGAGGGAGAGGGGCUGGCCAGCAGGAUCAUCUCCCUUGGUCCAGCAGGAAUGCAGUUUUUGGGGCCGGUUAUCGUGGAGAUCCCUCACUUUGCCGCUCUCGGUCGAGGUGACCGGGAGCUUGUGGUGCUGAGGAGCGAGAACGGCUCAGUCUGGAAAGAACAUCGCAAUCGCUACGGCGACGAGGUGCUAGAAACAAUCCUCAACGGGAUGGAUGAGGAGUUGGAAAGUCAAGAGGAGCUCGGGAAGAAGAGAAUCCGUCGCAUCAUCUCCACCGACUUCCCCCUUUACUUUGCCGUCGUGUCACGAGUCCAGCAGGAGAGCGACCUGAUUGGACCAGAGGGCGGCUCGCUGACAAGUAAACUGGUGCCGUUGGUCCAGGCCACGUUUCCCGAGACGGCAGUCACCAAACGAGUCCGCCUGGGGCUGCAGGCUCAGCCAGUUCCAGAUGAGCUGGUUGCUAAGCUGCUGGGUAACCAGGCUAACUUUAGCCCCGUGGUCACCGUGGAGCCUCGACGGCGCAAGUUCCACCGGCCCAUCGGGCUGCGUAUACCUCUGCCCCCGUCCUGGAAGGAGAGUCCCCGAGACUCUGGAGAGGGCGACACCACCAGUCUGCGCCUGCUCUGCUCUGUCAUAGGAGGCACUGCUCCGGCCCAGUGGGAAGACAUCACCGGCACCACCAAGCUCGCCUACGCUAACGACUGUGCCAGCUUCACAACCAAUGUCUCGGCACGGUUCUGGCUCGCAGACUGUCCUCGGACAGCCGAGGCCGUCUCCUUUGCCAACCUGCUCUACAGGGAGCUGUCGGCCGUUCCCUACAUGGCCAAGUUUGUGGUGUUUGCGAAGAUGAAUGAGGUGCGCGAGGGCCGCCUGCGCUGCUACUGCAUGACCGACGAUAAGAUGGAUAAGACCCUGGAACAACAUGAGAACUUCACCGAGGUGGCUCGCAGCAGAGACAUAGAGGUGAUGGAGGGAAUGCCGCUUCACCUGGAGUGUUCAGGGAAUCUAGUGCCGGUCAGAAAGGCUACCCAGCAGCCUCGCUGCUUCAGCUUCCAGGCCUUCAGAGAUAACCGACUCCCUGUCUCUGUUAAGGUAAGAGACAGCAGUAAAGAGCACACCGGAUUUCUGUCUUUCCUGCGCAAGUCCACAAAGUACGAGGACAGCCAACAUGUGCUCUGCAACCUCAACAUCACCAUGCCUCCAUGUAUCAAGGUCAUCGGGAGUGAAGACCGGAGAAGAACUCUGACUCCGCUGGCUUUAAGAGAAAGAUACAGCGCCCUAAAUGAACCUGCCAUGGCCUCGAUGAGUGCCAUGGAGAGGACGGAGCUGAAGAUGGCUGUGAUUGCAGAGCAGUUGGGACUGAGCUGGGCCGAGUUAGCCCGAGAGCUGCAGCUCAGCGUGGACGACAUCAAUAAGAUCCGAGUGGAGAAUCCCAACUCGCUGCUGGAGCAGAGCUCAGCGCUGCUCAACCUGUGGGCCACCCGCGAGGGCAAGAGGGCCAAGAUGGAGAGCUUGUACGCAGCUCUGAAGAGCAUCGACCGUAUGGACAUCGUCAACAUGUUGGAGGGCCAGCCGCCUCAGCCCGCGAGACAAGGGUCCCGCGACCUCAGCAGACGCCGACACAACGAGAGAGAACACCUCUCCCCUGGUAUGACCAAUGGUUAUGGGCUCGCGCAGGAUGAGCUUCUCUCACCGGCCUCCAUGCAGUACAGCCUGCCCUCCCCGCUCGGCGCUGAGCCUUACUGGCAGGAAGUCUCCAGCCUGGACUGUGCGCCCAUCGCCACCACAGAGGAAGACACCCUCAUGGAGAUGUCUGACGUGCAGGUGUGGCCCUCUGGCAACAGCCCCUCCCUGGUGCCCGUGGAGGACUCCUCUCUGGAGUGCAGCAACGCCGACGACUCAGAAGGUCUGCUGGGGCUGCCGUAUGGAAGUCUGGGACGACCGGCGAGUCAGGCCAGCGCGGCGAGCCCGGGGGGAGGGGUGCUGAGCGGCUCCAUUGAGCUUCCUGAAGACGAUUCAGAGAUGGGCGUUGACUCGCUCAGCACUGCCACGCCGGCCUCGCUCGGGGGUACCAUCGCUGGGAUGAAUCUUAACGGGCUGAACAAUGGUCAGGGGUCAGAGGCGAGUUCGGAGGUCUCGGCGUUCACCAGCGCGACUGGUGGAGACGGAGCUGGAGGAGGAGGAAGAGGAGGAGGAAUGACGGGCUCAGUGGAAGGGCUUUCUCUUGUUGCAGGACAGCAAAGGGUGUAUGCUCGGCUGAGUGAGUCACCUGGUCUGAGCUGUGUCGCAGAUCGAAACGGAGACAGGUCAGGUAACGGUGGGAAUGGAGGUGGUGGAGGCUCUUUCCUUUCUUACCUGCAGGAACAGACAGGUCCGGGCUGGAUCCCUGUCACCGACCCCACUCAGGCCUGGGUGGGCAAUCAGCCCAAAGCCAGGCAGGCCAUGGACACAAUGAUGUCAUCAGUGUGUAACGCUGUGGACGGAGACCAGUCCCACAUGUCCCAGGAGGCCUUGCUUCAGCCUGUGAGGGACAUGGGGCACUCUGAGAUCUUACGGGGGCACUUCAGAGGUACCCAGCCGUUUGAGAAGGGUUUGGGGUUCCCCCACCGGGUGCCAGAGCUGAGGGCCUGGGACGAAGUGCGCCUGAAGGGACAGGGCGAUGAGGUUGAAGAUCUUCCUGGGGAGCAAGUAAGCGAGGAACAAUUCACGGACGAGCACGGAAACAUCGUCACAAAAAAGAUUGUGCGUAAGGUUGUGCGCAGAGGGAAGGGUUCAGGUGAGGAGGGGGUUCAGGAGGUGAGCGUGGAGGGUUCUCUGCAGGAGGCCAACGACCUGGAGGUUGACGCCGAGCAGUUCAUAAACUACGCCAUCCUGGGCCGGGACAGCAGCAAGCCCGAUUCUGUGGAUGUGAAGAAAGGUGCUCAGAUAGUGAAAUGUGCCAGUCUGCGGAGAGUUAAGCAAUGAGGCAGACCCCGCAGAGUUCUCCACAAGAUUCAACCCCUUCACCAAAUCCAUCGUACAUGGACACAUGACCAGCAGCAGCUGUCAGGAGGAAGAAGAACACACACAAAGAGGCAGACAGACAGGAAUGAAGGGGCGAGAGACACCGCUUGACAACCACGGUCGACUCUGCCGACUUAUCAGCACGCACCGGGAAAGAGAAGGACACAGAUUAACCUGUAGUUUUUAUUACCUUUUUUUUUUCUUUUUUUUUUAAAGAAACCGUUGGGGGAAAAAAAAAACAUCUAAUACUAGGCUAGAAGCAUGAUUUCAUAUAAAAAAGAAAAACCAAACACAAACAAAAAAAAAAAAAACUAGCAACCAAAACGUGCUUCCUGUUAUCUGUAUCAGCAUGAGUGACUGCUGCCGCAUGGCCUGUCUUUAACUACAAAUACUGAGGGAAUAAGAGGGGGGGGGGGGGGUGGAGGGGGGGGAUGGGGGGGUACACUGCUGUGUGGGACAGGCAUGCAAUAGGGGCUGUGGUCAGUCACACGCCCUGUUUUCUAAACAAAGCGGGGGGACGUCUAUCAGUCAAAAAAAAAAAGGAGACAUAAACACUGAGAGUUACAUCAUCUCUAGGCAACAGGUUUCCCUCCUCCUCCUCCUCCUCCUCCUCCUCCUCCUCCCCACGACAAACUCGUCCAGCUAAGAGCAUCGCAAACUCGUUUUAAAAACCUGUCAAAGUCCAGUGAAGCUACAAGUAUCACCAAGGAUAUCGGUGUUGUACAUAAUAUCGUAUGCACUAAAAAUGCUCGACGUGACUGUGUGUUGUUUUCUGUUCUAUGCGAUUCCACUGAUGCUGCUGUUUCAGGUACAUAAGAGUUCCCCUCCCUGUUUUUUCUUCCUUUUUUGGUUCGUUUUGGUCUGAGCCUAUAUAUUAUUAUUCUAUAUAUCUUGAGAUCUCUGUGGGUACAAGAACAUACAAAUGUUGUGUCGCUCUGCCUGUUUUUUAAAACGUCCGAUCUCUGUGCGUCAGGUCGUUUGUUUCUUUGUGCUUUUCAUGUGCUUCCACUUUUUUUAUUUUUUUGCGUUUGACAUGUUGAACUGUCGAGGGAGGACUUACUGUCUGUCGGUCGUCUACUGCACUGUGGGGUUUUUUUGAGCCUUGGGAGGCGGGUUUCUGCACCGAACCUGCCUCCCCCGACCUUCCCUCAGAGUAGUUUUGCCUUCAUGGUGACACAUGAGAUACAUGAGAGAAGGACCUACUCUACCAUCCCCCCACUCCUCUGCCUUUUCUCGUCCCCCGGCGUGCAGGCGUGGCGUUAAUCAGAUGUCUGUCUGAACAAAAAAAAAAUCCAAACACCUGUCUUCACUCUCAACCCCCCCCCCCCCUCGCCCCUCUCAGAGUAGAUGUAGCAGUCCUGGUCACCCCCCAGCAGGUGGCAGGAUCUCACCUUCAGCAGCUUCUGAUUGACCUCAUCGUGCAGUUUUAUGACCCCCCCCCCCCCCCCCAUAUGAGGUGCACUUAUACGACGCCAUCUCACCACCGCUAGAAGACGUCACUUGAAGCGGGGGGGGAAUGUAGCUAGUAACAAAAUGUAGCGCUGGUUUUGAUUGGGUGGAAAGAUGGAGGAUCGAGCCGGAGAGAGGAGAUGUGUGUGUGACGCCGUUGGGUCGAGGAACGUGUUGAGCGUUUGAUGUUUGUCUCCUUGGUAACGCCCUUAAGGAGGUGUAGCAAAGAAAGUCAGUCGCCAAUCACUGUGAAGAGAAACUGUAAUACUGACCCGCAACUGUGAGCCCGACCCCUUCCAGAAGCGAGAUUCACUCUUUGCUUUGUGUCCUUUGUUUUUUGUUUUCAUGUCUUUUAAAUGUUCCUCAGAAGAAGCAAUAACUGCUUACAAGUACACAAGGAAAGGAUGCUUUGUGUGAGUGUGUGAGAACGUUUCAAGGCUACUCCUGACUCCACUCCAAAUGAUGUCAGCACAUUAGUAAUCCCUCAUCUGAUCACUUUGUGAAAUAACAGUCUGAAGCUGUAAGAGUGGGCUGAGCUCCGUGUGACUUUAAACCAGCCACGCCGUCUGCAAAGUGCCCCGUCUGGUUCUGUUACUCAUCCAGGAAUGUAGGUGUGUUAAGUCGUAGUUUUUCAAUCUAAUUUAAAAUCAUAUGCACCUUGAAGAAAUCCAACUGUGUGUGUGUGUGUGUGUGUGUGUGUGUGUGUGUGUGUGUGUGUGUCCUGGAUAUGCAGACGUGUCAAGCUCGUCACAUGACAUGACGUCGAAAACGGACUCAGAUCACACAUCUGAAAUCUUAUUCACUUACUUUUUAAAGUUGAUUUACCUCAAUGCGUGUGCCACCAUCAUCGUCAUCAUCAUCAUCAUCAUCGUCAUCAUCAUCAUCAUCAUCAUCACCAUCACAUGACAUCAAGUGCAUACAUGCGUUUAUUUCAAACUUCAUGUACGACAUUGAAUGAUUUCUCAUAUGUAAGUCACACACACAAAAACGUUGCAAUAACCGCUCAUCAGUCAGUGUUUGUUCAGUCCGGCUCCGCAGCCAGAUGAUGAUGAAUGUACGUUUCCUGGUAUUCUCUUUAAGUCUUGUUAUGAAGUCGUCAUCUGUGUUGACCUCGUACUUUAGUAGAUGUUAGGAUAUUCACUUCGACUCAAUAUCUGCCGUGUUGAGCGUCGUCUUUCAUUACAAAUCAUGUGAGAGGAGACGUUUCCAGAGAGAAGUAUCCCUACCUACACCAGAUAUAUGAUUUCUAUUUUAUUCUAUUUUUUUAAUAACUACUAACAGUAGGAUGUCAAUAGAGAUUACACAGCAGUGUGAUGUUAUAUUACCCCGUGUGUUAGAGCAUACCGUGUGCUCACUUAGAGCUCAUGAUUAUCGUAUGCUUUGGGUAGAUUUUUGAAGCAGAGGCUGUUUAUAAAAAGUCCACUGCUGAUGUCAGGGUUGGAAGCGAAAGGGGGGGGGGAGGGGGGGUCUGAUGAAAAGACUCUGAUGGAUUAUUAUGAGAAGGCUUGGUGGCUCUGAUGGCUACUCUUUCAAGAUGACAAGCAUUUUCCCUCAACACAACCAAACCCCCCUUUAAUUUCUAACACCCCCCCCCCCCUUUUUACCAAAAAAUAAGAGUGAGCCGGUUCUAAGGCUUCCACGUGGUGACGGUUUGAGCGGCGGUUUUAAAGGAGGAGUCCGGCUAAGUGCACGCGAGAGGGAGAUGUGGUUUCAACCCCGAGGAAAAUUCAGCUUCUGCCCUGAGGGACGAGCGAGACGAUGCCAUGCACCAAGUUCAUGCAAAAAUAUUAACUGUUGCAAAAACUAGAGAACACAUGUAUAUUCCUUUAGAAUGGAUUGAAGACAUUAUUAACGCAAUAGCAUAUUACUCAAUACUAAGGAAUGCAACUGCGCACAUGCACAGAAAAUGUUUUUAACAUAAAAGGCUAUAUAUAUAUGAAAUAUAUAAAAAAAAUAUAUAUAUAUAUUUACUUAGAAUGCUAUGCACCCUUACUUGUCAACUGGGAUUCUAGUUAUGUUAUGGAUGUACUUUUAGCAUCAUAAAGCUGUAGCUACCAAGAGACUGUUGAGUUCUGGGUAAUGCCUGCGACCUGGGGAUAAAUAGGGGUCUUGUGGGUAUUUUAACCUUUUUUUUUGUUUGCUUUUUUUAUUGUUAUGGAGAGUCAAACAUGAAUUUAAAAAUAUAAAUGUAAAAGCCUUUUAAUCCAAUCGAAUCAGAAGGACAUCUAUUGACAAUAUUCUCUGUACACCAGCUCAACAUUUACAAAAUUAAUAAAGAAAUGAAAUGUC